GUCCCGUGCUGCGGGGCAGAGUGCCCGGGCCCUGCCCGCGGGUCGGGCAGGCCAGAAACCCCCCUGGUGCAGCCCUGACGCUGGGGCAGAGCCCCCCAGCUGCGGUCCUGGGGCCCCUCUGCAGGUGCUGCCAGGGCUGACACAAACCUGUGGGAGCCGUAGCACAAAUCGCAGGCACCUGUGUGAGGCCCGGGGAGGAGAGGAGACUCGGGCUUUCCAGGUCCAAUGUGCUGCCCGCAGACUUAAGAUUUCUGCAGAGACCUGGCACGGGAUGACUUCCUAUCGGACAUGCUUUCUGGACAGGCUCUGAUGCACACAGACCCCCCCAGCCUCUAAUCCAGAUUGCUGUGGCUAGAAAAGCUCCUGCUGGUCUGGAGCUUAGCUAUUUCUCCCUCCCUCUUUUCUUGGAGAUGUUCCAGAGGCUUGAUCUGUGCUCUUCCUCCUCACCUGAAGCCUGUCGUGGCAAUGAUCCCACAGCCAGAUCCGACCACCAGCGAGAGAAGAGCAUCCUACUUUGAAGCCGAGCAAUCAUUAAACUGAAAUUAACCCCCUGCUUCUACUCCUGAAACAGUGGCAAUUUUUUUGUGCAUCUGUGUGUGACUUGAGCGGCUCCUGACCGUUGUUGUAAGUCCCUGGGCUUCUCCCGCUGAGCCUGCCCAUGGCUUUCCUGAUAAAGAAAAAGAAAUUUAAAUUUCAGACCAGUUUCACCCUGGAGGAGCUGACUGCUGUCCCCUUUGUAAAUGGGGUUCUCUUCUGCAAAAUCAGGCUGCUGGAUGGAGGGGACUUUGUUAGCUUGUCUUCUAGAGAGGAGGUCCAGGAGAACUGUGUUCGUUGGAAGAAGAAAUUCACCUUUGUAUGUAAAAUGAGUGCCAAUCCUGCCACUGGCCUCCUGGAUCCGUGCAUCUGCAGAGUGUCUGUCCGUAAGGAACUGAAGGGAGGAAAGACCUACUCCAAGUUGGGCUUUGCUGAUCUGAACCUGGCAGAAUUCGCUGGCUCUGGAUUCACAGUCCGAUGCUGCCUACUGGAAGGCUAUGACACCAAGAACACCCGACAGGACAACUCUAUCCUAAAGGUCACAAUUGGGAUGUCUCUGCUCUCUGGGGACCCCUGCUUCAAAACACCUCCUUCCACAGCCAAAUCGAUCACCAUCCCAGGACAGGACUCCACCCUGCAGUUGACCUGCAAGGGCGAGGGAACCACCAGCAGCAGCACAAGUGGUUCAGCUUCCAUUGGCUCUGUCCGACAGACCAAGUCAAGACCCACCAUUCUCAGCUCAGGUGUACCAGAGGAGCCAGACCAGAAUCUGUCCAGUCCAGAGGAAGUAUUUCACUCGGGGCACUCGCGGAACUCCAGUUACGCUAGUCAGCAGUCCAAGAUCUCUGGUUACAGCACAGAGCACUCGCGUUCCUCCAGCAUGUCGGACCUGACCCAUCGCCGGAACACCUCCACUAGCAGCAGUGCAUCCGGGGGACUCAGCAUGACAGUUGAGUGUCCAGAAGGAGAGAAGGACCACAAAAUGGACAAACCGCCUCGGCCCCCAAGACCAGCCCUCCUAAUGGAUAGAUCGUCCCGGAGAAAAAAGGAUUCGAUGGAGAGUCACCCAACCUGGGUGGAUGACACCAGGAUUGAUGCUGAUGAUAUAGUGGAGAAAAUCAUGCAGAGUCAGGACUUCACAGAUGUCAGCAAUACUGAAGACAGUAACCUGCGGCUGUUUGUGAGCAGAGACGGCACAACUACUCUUAGUGGUAUUCAGCUGGGAAACAGGUAAGAAGGCAUCAUGCCUCCCUUGCCCUGGGGAAAGUGGACUUUCAGCAAAGGUGCAAAGCUGAGCCUGGAGCCCAGGAGUGCUCGUCUCCUUUCCAGAGGUCAUCCCAUGAGUGCUUUCUGCAAUCCUUAGAAAGGAUCACGGUUACAGUUUCAAGUCAUCCAGCACUGGAUUGCCAGUGUGACUGUUUGUCUGGUUUCUGUUUUAUAUAGGCUGGGAUGUUGCCAGGAUGGCUAGUCAUUCUCUGUAUCUUGCAUGAGGGCAGUGUGCUUUGCUACAGUUCUGGAAUCUGAAUGAAUAAAAAAACCCAACGUGCUCUCCCCCUUCUUCCACAGGGUCUCAUCUGGAGUUUACGAGCCAGUGGUGAUUGAAACCCAUUAAAUGUGAAGAACAGGGUAGACCUGCUGGAAACAGACCUCCUGCCCCGUCCGCUGCCAUGUGGAUGCCAAUCUGUACCUCUCUACAUGCAACAUUCCAGAAGGGAUUUCUGCAGACCUCUCCCCUUACAUUUGCACUGCAGAACUACUCGAAGACCAUACCACUCUAGACCAUGCACUUUCCCUGACCCUGGCAUUAUUCCCCCUCCUCCCCAUGCUUCCACUCACCGCAUUGUUCCAUACCAGAUCCAAGGUGUCUCUCUUCAGGGAGCACACUCUUAUCUGGAGGGUGUUUCCGCUCCCCACAUCCCCUUUCCCCAGUCCCUCAUUCCAUAGAUUAAUGCCCAACAAGGGGUUGUGCCCCUCCUGUCUCAGCAAACCAUUGGGUUGUACCACUGUGAACUUUUUUUUUUUUUUUUUCAAACCACUGAAAGGGGAAAACUAAUACGAAUGUAACCAGAAAUCUGGCGUGGUGAAAUGGUGAGCUGGCCACUCACAGAAUGCUUUAUUCCUCUGACCGCAUCGUGGAUUGCAAGGAAACUUUUUACCUCCCAAAACAACACUUGACUGAGCAAAGCACCCAACAAAACCAAACCCCACUGUCCCCUAUGUAUUGGAAACAUUUCCCAGAAGUGCAUUUCAGAAAGCAACUGGAAUCUAGAUGGAACUUGGUAACAAAGGUUAAAGGCUGGCUCUGACUGACAUGAACUGCAGUAUCCCUUCCACUGCUGGGCAUGGAUGGGCAACUUCCAGUUGCUGGCAUUAGUAGGAGCACUUUAAAGAUUCCAGAUGUGUCUGGAGGAGGCUCGCACUUGCUGUUCCUGAAACAAUAUGUUCUGUGGACUCACUUGGCAAAAUAGUCAUGGUUGCAGUUUGGAGGGGGAGGGGCUGGCAGCCUGACUCAGGGAGGGAGGCCUUACAGUGCUUACCUGCCCACGGUGGACCAAAAGAGGAAUCUUAUCCCGAUACCCCUCCUCUGGGCCAGGAUAGGGUGCGACUAGGUGUGGUGGUUUGGGGGUUUUUUUUUUAGCUGUGACAGGAGUAGUUAAAUGGUUCAAUAUUUCUGGGCCAAAAAGGGGACUCUCUGAUCCUAGGCGACUCUUCGUGCUUUGUGAGAAGGGACCCAUGGCUGAGUCUGUCCCCUCUUGGGCAGAGGAGAAGCUUUGUUCAAUGCAAAAAGAUGUUGGCAUCUCUGCUUCUUGGGCAGACUGGCUGUCUCCUGCCUUGGCCACAGCCUUUGUUCUCGCCUGGUUCUAGGUGCGUGAACUCUUCUAACAAAUGAGACUUAACUGUUUUUUGAUCAUCUUUCUCAAUGGAUCUCUUUUCUAGUUUGAUUUCUGCAGUUGUUGGAUGCUUUUAGCUGCCUCUCUUUCUCAUGGGCUGUGGCAGAAAAGAUGUAGGUCUUUUUUCCAACUUCUAUUUGUAGAAUUCUCCCAGCAGCUGAACUACAGGUGAAGAUCUAUGCAGACUCUAGCCCUGAGUUGGCAGCAGGCUGCAUGCGCAGCCCUCUGUACAGAUACUUCCAGCCUAUAAGCUAUUUCUGAGUAGUGUCCUUUCCUUUUUAUUUUUGCUGUUGUACUGUAGUAGCACUUGGCAGCCAUGCACUUUGACUAAUGGCACACUCCAGAUCACUGGCUAUGAAGUGGCCUCUGACGUGCGUGCGUACAUACCCACUCAGACACAUGCACACACUCCGUCCCGUUUAGCGAGAAGAGAAGGUUCUGUGACUGAUCAAUUUAAUUUUGUCUUUUGAAUCCUUACUGUUGCCAAGCCUCCCUUGGGGCUCCUUGUCGUGUGUCUGUGAACGGAGCGCACUGAGCUCCUGGGAAAGGGAACAGGGUAAACUGGCAGCAGUGGUCUCACUUGCACAUGGUGGUCAUCAGAGGGGGAUUCUGUAGGCAGAAUAACAAGGCUGGAUCUUGUUUCAUGCUGUGAACCCUUCUUGAGCCCAGUAGGCUGCUUGCUUGACUUGUGCAAACCAUUUGUUGUGUGUGUGGUGGGGGGGGGGAGGUUCAGUUUGCCCCACUUGCCUUUUGUGCUCCCCCCAUGCCCCCAAAAGGGAAUUUAUAUUGAUUUGGGGCAGGCAAAGCCUUAUAGCU